UUCCUGACAGCUGUGAUUGAUUUAUUGCACAAUCACAUGUAAAGUAACUCCACCUUUUCCAGUACUGAAGUACUUUAGGAACAAUUUAAUAACCGUGAUAAUAUCCAAAUGAAAUGCUGCAUUCAGUUAAAUGAGAAUCAACAUCAGAAGGACUCGACGGCUGAAAGCAACAACAUGUUCAGUCUCACUUUAAGUCAUGGAGACACAAUCAUUUAUGGUUGGUGGAGAUUCACGUUGUUCCUGAGGAGUUUUCUCAGUCGUCACUCAACCAGUGAGUGACUCAGCUUUUACAACAGGUGAAAUAUUUAAACACCAACAACAAAUAGAAAAUGUGCAGCUUAUAUCAGGUCCAGUCAUUAAGUCAUGAAGUGAAUAUAUGUGAAUGUUGAAAUGCUGCUUUGGAUCAGGAUGAUAUCCAGAAAUUCAACUCUUUUGUCAUAAAUGUUUCAAAGUAGAUCAUGAAAUUUGAGGGAAAAAUUAUUAGACAGCAAUUUAUAUAUUUUAUACCAGUUUAGUUUGAUGACUCUUUAUUGUCAGCCAGCUGUUUUUUAAGCAGUGAAAGAAAACUGAACAAAAUAGAGAAAAAGUUCAAGAGGAAUAUGUAGCCAUGACCAAAGCCUGAGGAGACAAGAAAUAUUUAACAACUAAAGAAAUGAAAUGUUUUCUAAUGUGGAGCAGGUUUUAACCGAGCCUUUGUUUGUGAAUGAGGAAACAACGUUCAGAUUCACAGCGCUGCUCCUCUUCCUGGAAUAAACCAGAGCUUGAUCACCCCUCCCUCUUCCUCCUGCUCUCUAACACAGCCAGCUCCACUCUGUCCACAUAUUCCCUUGUUCCCUCCCCUUCAGAUCUACAGUUUAAAGGAGAGGCGUAACCAACAUGGUGGUGAAGCACAAGAGCUGACAGGCCCAGUUCACUGAACAAACACAUGUUGUUCAGAUCAGAAGUCAAAGUACAGACGCUUCUAAGGAAGUGAAACUCAGACAGUCAUUGCCACAGAGAGGUGAAAUGGCGCAGAAAGGAGUUGAGCUGGAUCGGGAAACCUUCUCUUGUUCCAUCUGUCUGGAUCUACUGAAGGAUCCGGUGACUACUCCCUGUGGACACAGCUACUGCAUGAACUGUAUUAAAAGCUUCUGGGAUGGAGAGGACGAGAAGAAAAUCCACAGCUGUCCUCAGUGUAGGCAGACCUUCACACCGAGGCCUGUGCUGCUGAAAAACACCAUGUUAGCAGUUUUAGUGGAGCAGCUGAAGAAGACUGGACUCCAAGCUGCUCCUGCUGAUCGCUGCUAUGCUGGACCUGAAGAUGUGGCCUGUGAUGUCUGCACUGGGAGGAAACUGAAAGCCCUCAAGUCCUGUCUGGUCUGUCUGGCCUCUUAUUGUGAGAAACACCUCCAGCCUCAUUAUGAUUCACCUCCAUUAACAAAACACAAGCUGGUGGACCCCUCCAAGAAGCUCCAGGAGAACAUCUGCUCUCGUCACGAUGAGGUGAUGAAGAUGUUCUGUCGUACUGAUCAGCAGUGUAUCUGUUACCUCUGCUCUGUGGAUGAACACAAAGGCCACGACACAGUCUCAGCUGCAGCAGAAUGGACUGAGAGGCAGAGAGAGCUGGAGGUGAGUCGACAAAACAUCCAGCAGAGAAUCCAGGACAGAGAGAAAGACGUGAAGCUGCUUCAACAGGAGGUGGAGGCCGUCAAUCGCUCUGCAGAUGAAGCAGUGAAGGACAGCGAGAAGAUCUUCACUGAGCUGAUCCGUCUCAUGGAGGAAAGAAGCUCCGAUGUGAAGCAGCAGGUCAGAUCCCGACAGAAAAGUGAAGUGAGUCGAGUCAAAGAGCUUCAGGAGAAGCUGGAGCAGGAGAUCGCUGAGCUGAAGAGGAACGAAGCUGAGCUGAAGCUGCUCUCGCACACAGAGGAUCACAACCAGUUUCUACGCAACUACACCUCACCGUCAGGACUCAGCCAAUCUGCAGACUCGUCCGGCAUCGAUAUCCGUCCUCUGCGCUACUUUGAGGAUGUGACAGCGGCUGUGUCAGAAGUCAGAGAUAAACUGCAGGACGUUCUGAGUGAGAAGUGGACAAACGUCUCACUGGCAGUGACUGAAGUGGACGUUUUACUGUCCGAUUCACGAGUAGAGCCCGAGACCAGAGCUGGAUUCUUAAGAUAUUCACGUGAUAUCACACUGGAUCCAAACACGGCAAACACAUAUCUGUUAUUAUCUGAGGAGAACAGGAAAGCAACAUUAAUGAGUGAACAACAGUCUUAUUCUAGUCACCCAGACAGAUUCACUACAUGUUGUCAGGUCCUGAGUAGAGAGAGUCUGACUGGACGUUGUUACUGGGAGGUGGAGUGGAGAGGAGGAGCAGUUUAUGUAGCAGUCGCAUACAAGAAUAUCAGCAGAACAGGGAAUGAAUGUUGGUUUGGAUUCAAUGACAAAUCUUGGGCGUUACGUUGUGACAAAAACAGUUUUAUAUUUCGGUACAACAAUGUCCAAACUCCCGUCUCUGGUCCUCAGUCCUCCAGAGUAGGAGUGUACCUGGAUCACAGUGCAGGUAUUCUGUCCUUCUACAGCGUCUCUGAAACCAUGACUCUCCUCCACAGAGUCCAGACCACAUUCACUCAGCCUCUCUAUGCUGGAUUUGGUUUUUCUCAUGGAGCCACUGCUGAGUUCUGUAAACUCAAAUAGACAGAAGUCAUUUAAGGAACAGCGGGUUAAAUUCUGUGUUUUAAUUCUUAAACUCAUUUUGUUUCCAUCUUUGUUGCUGAGAGCUGAUUUUUCUUCACCUGUCAAUCAAACAUUAUGGGCGGUACUUUGACAUCUUCUCAUUAUUGUUGUGUAAAUGUUUGAGUCUCUUUAGGUGGCGCUCCUUCCUGUGUCUGUUUAGCCACGGAGGCUAUCACUGCUCAUGAUGAUCUUUAUUUACCUGAACUGAUAUUUCUCUGCAUGAAAACAUGAAUUUCUCUGAGCUCUAAAUGUUUUGAAUAUAUAUUUAAUUGAUGUGUUUAUUGUUGUGUCUAUUCAACUGCAUGGGUCUUAAAGAGAGAAAGCACCAGAGCUUCUUUAUCUAAGAUAUUUUGUUCUCAUCACUUUUUGUAAAGAUAUCCUAAAGUUAAAUGAUGUUUAUACUUUUUGAUGAAUUAAUUGUUGUUCUUGUUUCCAAAUUCACAUACAAAUAAUGUACUAUGAUGUAUUUUUCAACUAAUUAUCAUGAUCAUAAUCAAUAAGAAAAUAAUUUAUUAUUCUCUUUUACAUAACUGAGAUUCUGGUCAAACAAAUUGAUUAUGUGGAUGAAGUGAAUCUGAACAUGAAAUCAUUGAACAAGAGUCAUUUAACAGACUUUAUUAAUGGGAUGUGAACAAACUGAAGGUUGACAUGAUAAAUAAAGUUUUUCUUGUUUCAAGAAUGAACAAAGUAUUUGUCUUUUAGUCUUAUUUGACAGGGUAUCAUACAAAGCUGAUGGAGAAAAUACUAAACUGAUAUGAGAGUAUAACUGAGUUAGUUUUCCAAAAAGUUACUAUUAGAUAAUGCCUCAUUUGCAUAGUCAAACAUAACUUCUCAGAAAACUUACAAUACAAAAAAUAAUUGUCUUAGUCCUCAACUGGAGGAGGCUCAAAAGUCAUAAAAGUGGUGUUCAUUUGUGAAGAAAAUACUUUUUAUGAAUGGUGAUAUGCCAUAGAGCUUAAUAUCUGCAAUAAUCCAAAAUUAAAUGUAAGAAUCUCUUUGGCUUUUUGUCAAAGGAACCAGUGUGAUGUUAACUUCCAGGUUGAUCUUCAUAAAUACGUCAUCCCUGCAGCACCCUCUAGUGGUGAAAAUGACUACCAAAGUAAAAUGUAAGAUUUCACAAGUUUACUCGAAGGCACCAUGUGUAGGUUUAAAAAAACACUAUUUGACCUCACUGUGACCUCAAUAUGUUAACAAAACACAUAAAAU